AUGAAAGCACGGAGCCAAGCACGGCUGGUCGACUACUCUGACAGCGAGGAUGAAGCAAAAUCAGAAGUUGUAGCCACGCCAUUGGCUACUGGGCCACCAGAUGAGGAAGGGUUCGCUCAAAUAGUCAUUGGACUACAGCAAGAGUACACAAAAGAAGUCCGGGAGUUGCAGGCGCGACAAGAAGCAACAGAUCGAGAGAUGGCGGUGCAUGUGAACCAAGUCAAUAGGAGGUUGGAAAAGCACCUCAACGUCUUGACUUCAGUCGUCAAGGAAGUUUUUGGAGUCGAUCCACUAGAUCCGGCAGUGAGACAUUGCGCGCAGCAAGAUGGCAGUAAAGAGGACCAUGAGAGAGGUGCAGUUCUCCCAUCGCCAUCUCCAACACCACCAGUGCCCGCUGAAAGAUGUGAUGUGCCGCCACCAGGACGGGAAUCCAUCACAGUUGCGUCCAGAGUUCGGAAACCCGGUCCUCGGAUUCCCCAUGAGAGUCGAGAGUCACAACCAGCGGCCCCUGGGGCGUCACUACCGGUGGUAAGAAGAAGCACUGGCAAAAAAGCGCCUAAGCCGCGGGUAGUUGCGUUGAAUCGACGUGCAAAUCAGCCUCUGAAGAAAAGAAGGAGACAGAAUGACGAUACCAAUGACAACAAGGACCACCAGGGGGAGGUGUUGGAGGUGGAGCCAGAGGCACUGGGACCCAGAUCUCCCGAAGCCGAGCAAGUCACAGACAUUGCUGUCAAUGAAGCUAUAGCUCGCCGUAAAGCGUCUCGACAAAACUUGCUAUCCCCAAGAGACCCUGUCAACCCGUACGAUGACCCGAAAUACUUCAGCCCACUGACCGUCGUUGGCAAGGAUGGAGUUCUGCGGCCAAUAUUCAAGUUCUACCCGCACCCGCCGACAGUCGAAGAGCAAUGGGCAGAGUAUAAGUACGGUCUCCACGGUCAGCAGCCUGUCGAACUGCUGGAGAAGAUGUACCGGGCCAAGUGGCGAAACGGCACGUAUGGGCGUUCGUGGUUCACUCGCCGCAAGGCCUUCUGGGACAAGAUGAAGGGGUUGCUGGAUCAAGGUCGUACGGAAGAGGAAGCGUUGGGCGUUAUGAGAGACCUUGGGAGUGGCAGCGUGCCUACUGCAGUUGCCAUUUUAUGCAAAGAGCGUGGAGAGGGAACACGCCCAGGGAGACGAAAGUCUCGGGGCCAGUCGGUCUACUCGGUAUGCGGCAGUAAACAUUCGCGAGAUGAGAGCUCCAGCAACGAAGAGAGCAGCAGCAGUGAAUCGGAGAAUGGCGAAACGCCGAGACCCAUCCGAUAUAGUCCAUCGAGGCUGCGGAAACGAAUUGUGGUGUCUAUGGACAGCGUGAGCGGUAGCGACGAGCCUGAGUCUGCGCUGUGCCCUGGACAAGAGACCGAUGGUUUGUGGGAACCUAAGGCUGACUGA